AUGACAUUUGAAGCUGCUGCACAAGCGCCAAACAAGUGCCCUACCAAUGAGGCAACAGCGGAACCAUUACGCACUCCAAAUGUUCUCGCAGACAACCUCCUCGCUCGUUCCAACUUGAGUGAAGGGGAAUCACCGGAGAAAUCUGGAGAAGCACAAAAGCCCGAAGAACAAGGCAACGCGUUGAUGCGCUGUUUCCACUUUAUCUUACCGCGCGGUGGUGCCCUUUCCGGCAUCUUCAACCUGGCAAGUGUUACAUUGGGCGCCGGUAUCAUGUCAAUUCCAUCCGCUUUCAACACAUCAGGCAUGAUCAUGGCAAUCAUCUAUUUGCUGCUGGUUACGGUUUUUACCGUCUUCUCCAUCUUCCUGAUUGUGUCUGCGGCGGAAAAGACCGGCUACCGCAGCUUUGAAUCCAUGGCGCGUAACCUACUCGGUCCCCGUGCUGAUAUUGCUGUGGGUUUUCUGUUGUGGCUUCUGUGCUUUGGCGGUGCCUCUGGAUAUGUGGUGGCAAUCGGUGACGUACUGCAAGGAUUGCUUUCACAUGAAAAGGUACCGGCAUAUCUGCAGUCCAAAGGCGGCCGCCGCCUGCUCACGAGUGCCAUCUGGUUUGUCUUCAUCUUUCCGUUGACGCUCCCUAAGAGGGUGAAUUCAUUGCGCUAUGCGUCAGCGAUCGGCGUUUCGUUCAUCCUAUUCUUCGCCAUCUGUGUGGUGGAGCACUCGGCUGAAAAGAUGGUUACCGAUGGCGGCAUCAAGCAGGAACUUGUCAUGUUCCGUUCCGGUAAUGACGCCGUGGCAGGGCUUUCGCUAUUCAUCUUCGCUUAUCUUUGUCAUGUGAACUCAUUCUCCAUCUUCUUUGAGAUGAAGAAGCGUUCCGUCACUCGUAUGACCCGCGAUGCGGCGGUGAGCUGCUCCAUUUGCUGCUGUGUCUACCUGCUCACCGGAUUUUUCGGCUACGCAGAAUUCGGCCCAACGGUGGAGGGCUCCGUUCUGAAGCUUUACGACCCCUACGCAAAUCCCGUCUUCUUUGUUUGCUUCAUUGGCAUCAUCGUCAAACUCUGCGCUGGGUUUUCGCUUAACAUGCUCGCAUGCCGUACAGCCCUCUUUCAGGUGCUGCGGUGGGACCUGGAUACCAUGUCAUAUGUUAGGCACAGUAUCGUCAGUGUUUCAUUUGCUGUCGGUUCGCUCGUUCUCGGUUUGUUCGUGCCAGACAUCAACGUCAUCUUCGGACUUGUUGGUGCCUUCUGCGGUGGUUUCAUUGGCUUUAUAUUCCCCGCACUCUUCAUCAUGUACGCCGGUGGUUGGACACGCCAAAGCGUGGGCUGGGUGCAGUAUAUCUUGACAUAUGUAUUGCUCAUUCUGGGCGUUGUUGCAAUUGUCUUUGGUACGAGCGCGUCUGUUUACUACACAAUUAAGAGGUAUUCUUAA